GCACGUUGUUCGGCGAGUCGCGGAGCGAUCGGGAGCAGGUGGGCGAAGGAAAAGAAUCGAGACGCAGCAACGGCUGGAAGGACGAGAGGGCCGCGGAGAGCGCGCGGAUCGCCAGCUGGACAGAUUGGAGCACCGACACAUCUGGAGCCGUGCACCGAGGCGCCAAGUGCCCGCAGGACAGUGUGCCGAACGAGAGCGGCGGUUGCAAAUGCGCGGAUUGUUCGGUCCGUAAGUGCCGGCCGGGUCAACGACCGGUGGCGGAGAAGGGGGCAUUUUCCGGCAUCCCCGGCGACUGCUGUCCGAACUACAACUGCGUACCCUCAGAUCAUCACCGUGCCGAGGCAACCUGUCCGGAGGACAGUGUCCUGACGGAUGACGGUGUCUGCAAAUGCGUGCCGACGUGUCCGCCGCCGAAAUGUCGACUUGAUCAACGGCCGGUCGAGGUGCGGGCGGCCAAGCCCGAGACACCCGGUAGCUGCUGUCCUCUUCACGACUGCAGAGCCCUAGAUCCGAUUUCCUGGGCGAAGCCGGAGGAGAAGCCGCAGAACUGCCUGCACGAGGGCGUCUCGAGGAAACUCGGCGAGGAGUGGAAGCAGAGCGACUGCAUCACUUGCACUUGCAACGAGGACGGCACCGCGUCCUGCCAGACUACCAUGUGCAAGUCCUGCGAGAACGCGAUACCGCCCGACCCCGGCGAGUGCUGUCCCCAUUGCCCGCCGCCGACGAACGCGACCGUCUUCGGUCGCUUCGACGAGUCCUGCAAGACGUCCUUGGACGACUGCAAGAUGAAGUGUUACCACGGCUUCCGCACGGACAAGAAUAACUGCCCGAUGUGCGAGUGCGCCGACGAUCUGGAGGUCGAGACCGCGCCGGAUGUGCUGCCCGAGGAUUAUAAAGUUUGCCCGGAGCUGCCGCAUUGUGGACUCAACUGCGACCUCGUCAAGGACGAGGACGGCUGCUCGGUGUGCGCAUGUCAGACGCGUUAUCCUACGAACGAUACCGGCCUGACGACGAGCGGCAACGACAAACGACGGGUCUGUCCGGAGGUCAAGUGCGACCUCCAUUGCGAACGUGGCCUCGUCAUGGACGAGAACGACUGCACCUUCUGCGAGUGCAAGCCACCCACCGCCGGCUGCCCGCCGCUCGUCGGAUGCAGGAAGCGCUGUAGCUUCGGCUACAAGACGAACAAGCGCGGCUGUCCGAUUUGCCGCUGUCGCGCUUCGUGCAUGGACCAUUUGAACGAGACCCACGCGGAGGGAUCGACCUGGUACCCAAACAGCUGCACCACGUGCACUUGUGAGACCGGCGGCAGGCUCAAUUGCAAGGAGACCAUCUGCUCGGUCGCCUGCAGUAAUCCACUGCCGCCGAAACCGGGCACUUGUUGCCCCAUGUGCCCGAUUACGACGACCACGAAGGAGAACGAGAGCAGCGGCGGCCAGUCCGCGCGGGGCUGGGGCACCGUGCCGAUCACCCUGAUCGUCGUGCUCGCGCUGCUCUGCCUGCUGCUGAUCAUCCACAUCGUGCGCAGCCGAUUCCGCGGCCGUCUGUCGCCGUCGGAAGCGUCGUACGCGUCGUACCCGCCGCAGUAUUACAAGUGCGUGCCCGCGUACGACACUCCGGUGCAUCGGAACGAGAAGAUCGUACCUCUGUAAAAGACUGGUGGUGCUGAGCAAAAAAAGAAGAAGCCCAAAGAGAGCGGGCCGCCCGGGCGGUAAUCGCGACGACUCUCUCGACGACGCGCGCGCGACGGACCACCGGCAUCAUCACCACCGUCGAGAAACGAACGAACGGUUCGCCAGACUAUUUUAUACGCGAUCGCCGAUCCACACCCGGCGAUCUAAAACUACCCUCGCGACGUCCGUGCUCAUCACACACGCGAUUUAUUAAUUCUUAAACGAUGCGUUCGAAAGUGGCCCCGAUCCUGCGAGGAAUCGCGAGUAUCUUGAGUGUGCGCGCAUGUGUACAGAAUUACUCGUCGUCCGCAUUACCAGCUACGAGGAAACGUUUAAGAGUUAAUAACAGCGGAUGAUUUACAGUCCGCCGAUUGCUUCGCGCGGAGAGAACGGCUGCCAUCAGCGCGACACGCGCGCGCGUAAAAACGCGCGUUAACGUGUCUCGCUAGUUCAAGCGACGAACAAUGCGGACGCGCGAGCGCGGAACCGAGCGUCGCAUUACGACACGCGCGCGCGAUAUGAGAGCCUUCUCUCUCUC